AUGGGUGCAAUAGGCAACACUUUUUUAGUUAUUUCUAUAACUUUAUUAUUAACAUUUGUAAUUAAAAAAAUUUUUUACUAUCUAAAAACAUUAGAGAAAGUACCAGGAAUAUCAACAUUGCCACUAAUUGGCAAUCUUCAUCAAAUUAAAAUUGAACCAGACAAAUUUUAUGAACAAUUUCAGGGUAUUGGAUAUAUGCUUCAAAAUAGAAGAGCUAGAAUAUGUAAAGUAUGGCUUGGACCAUUGCCUUUUGUUGCAAUUUAUGGUGCUGAGGAGAUAGAAGGAGUACUAGGAAGUUCUAAAUUAUUGAAUAAACUUUUUCAAUAUAAUUUUUUAUCACCAUGGAUUGGUGAUGGACUUUUAAUAAGUAAACCAGAUAAAUGGAAACCAAGAAGAAAAUUACUAACACCAGCAUUUCAUUAUGAUAUUUUAAAGGAUUUUGUAUUUAUCUUUAAUAAGCAUGCUAAAACAUUAGUGGGAAAAUUUGAAAAGUUGGCAGAUAAAGAUGAGUUUGUUGAUGUAUUUCAUACAAUAUCUCUUUGUACACUUGACAUUAUUUGUGAGGCAGCUUUAGGUAUUGACAUUAAAGCACAAACUGUCCAAACAGAAUAUUUAGAAGCUGUUUUUAAAAUGAAAUACAUCAUUCAUCAAAGACAAAUUAAGCCACAAUAUUAUUCAGACUUCAUGUUUAAUAUAGUAGGUGAUGGGAAGGAGCAUGAUAAAUGUGUUAAAAUAUUACAUGAUUUUACUCAUACUGUUAUAAAUAAAAGAAAAGAAAUGGCAGAAAAAUGUGGUGGAAUAAGAAAAUUAAUGGAACAAGAAAGGAAUGAAGAUUCCUCAUAUAAAAUGGCAUUCCUUGAUUUAAUGCUUGAAAUGAAUGCUAAAGGUGAUCUUCCUAUGGAAGGAUUACUUGAAGAAGUUGAUACUUUUACAUUUGAAGGUCAUGAUACAACUUCUGCUGCUUUAAAUUGGUUCCUUCAUUUAAUGGCAGCAAAUCCAGAAAUACAAGUUAAAGUUCAUAGAGAAAUUGAUGAUGUACUUGGUGAAGAAAUAAGACCUAUUAAUUUUGAUGAAAUUGGAAGAUUAAAAUAUUUAGAAGCAUGUGUUAAAGAAACAUUACGUCUCUAUCCAUCAGUUCCAUUAUUUGGAAGAAAUACUACAGAAGAAGUUGAAAUUAAUGGUUAUAAAAUUCCACCUAAUACAGGAAUUGCUAUUGUUUCAGCAAUGGUACAUAAAGAUCCAAAAUAUUGGGAAAAUCCAGAAAUUUUUAAUCCAGAACGUUUUAUAAAUAAUGAUCUUAAACAUCCAUAUUGUUAUAUACCAUUUUCAGCAGGAAGUAGAAAUUGUAUUGGUCAAAGAUUUGCAAUGAUGGAAGAAAAAUGUGUAAUUGCUAAUAUAAUGAGACAAUUUAAAGUUCAAACACAAUUAAGAACAGAUGAAAUGAGAUUAUCAGCAGAAUUAAUUAUACGACCGAUGUAUGGAAAUUAUAUUAAAUUCAUUAAAAGAUCAUUUGGUGACUAUACAUUAGUUGAACCUCCACAUUAA